GCCAUUUCCUCUCAUCCUGCCACUUGUUGCCCAGGAGAAGAAACAGACCCCCACGUCACUAUGACCUCCUGUCAGGAGCUGUAGAGAGUGAGAAGGUCCCCCCUGAGCCUCUUUUCCUCCAGUCUGAGCCCCCACAGCUCCAUCAGCUGCUCCUCAUCAGACUUGUGCUUCUGGCCCAUUCCCAGCUCAGUUGCUCUUCUCUGGACACACUCCAGCAAUGUCUUUCUUGUCGUGACAGGCUCAAAACUGCUCACAGGGUUUGAGAUGUGAUUGAAUCAGUCUCUGGAGAGUGAAGACUUUCCACUGCUUUUGGAGGAAUGGACAAACAUAAUGGUUACCACAAGAUCACGUGCAAAAAUAACUUCAACAGAUAAGCACAUAUUUAGGGAAAGAAAAACACUUCUGGUAUUAUAAUACCAUCUCAAUAAAAAGAACAAAAACUUCAUCUUUUAAUUUAUGGUACUGUGGUAUUUUAUAUUUUCAGUACUUGGUUAAACAUUGCUGGAGAUUUUGUGAUAAGAGUACUUGCAAUGCCGCGUAGGAAGGGAAUGACCUCUAGGGCAUUGCCAUUGUUCAGAUAUUGUUCUAGCAGGAAAAGGGAAGACAGUCCCGAGGUGAACGGGCUGGACAAGAGCCACCAAGAGUGAAUUCAGCAGAACUGAGCAGUAACUGGGGGGAAAGUGAUGACAGCAGCAGUUGAAAGUCAUUGCUAUUGAUGAACAGCUGAGGGUCAUUUAUGAAGAUAACGUUCAUUUUGAUAAGGACCUUCCGGAAUUUAAGACUCAAGGUGGAGUCUACAUUCACAGUGACAGACUGACAGUGACUUCACCAGUGCUUAUGUGGGUCAAGGCUCUGGAUAUGAUCUUGGAAAAGAUGAAGUCUUCAGGCUUUAACUUCUCUCAAGUCAGAGCUAUGUCUGGUGCUGGCCAGCAACAUGGGAGUGUGUACUGGAAAAAAGGAAGCAUCCAAAUUUUAAAGAAUGCAUCACCUGAACUACCUUUACAUCAAUCACUAAAGGGCUGUUUUUCAGUCGGUGACAGUCCCAUCUGGAUGGAUUCCAGCACAGCCUCCCAGUGCAGAGCACUGGAGAAAGCCCUGGGGGGAGCCCAGCACCUGGCCAGUGUCACUGGCUCCCGGGCAUAUGAGCGUUUUACAGGAAACCAGAUAGCAAAGAUUUACAGCCAGAAUCCUGAGGUCUACAAGCAAACUGAGAGAAUCUCUUUGGUCAGCAGCUUUGCAGCUUCCCUUUUCCUAGGAACUUAUGCACCCAUUGAUUAUAGUGAUGGUUCUGGGAUGAACUUGCUGCAGAUUUGGGAAAAGGCAUGGUCAAAGCCCUGCCUUGAUGCUUGUGCCCCUGGAUUAGAGGAGAGACUAGGAUGCCCUGUACCAUCCCACUCAGUCCUGGGGCCCAUUUCUCCAUAUUAUAGUCAACGUUAUGGGUUUAGCCCAGACUGUAAAAUAGUAGCAUUUACAGGAGACAAUCCAGCAUCACUGGCAGGGAUGAGACUUCAAGAAGGAGACAUUGCAAUUAGCCUUGGCACAAGUGACACAUUGUUCCUGUGGAUCCAAGAGCCAACUCCUGCCUUAGAAGGUCAUAUUCUCUGCAAUCCUGUUGAUUCUCAAACAUAUAUGGCCCUUUUAUGUUUUAAAAAUGGUUCUCUGAUGAGAGAGAGGAUCAGAGAUGACUGUGCUUCAGGCUCCUGGGAUGAAUUCUCCAAAGCCUUAUCAUCAACUGUUGCUGGAAACAGUGGGAACUUGGGUUUCUACUUUGAUGUGAUGGAAAUUACUCCUGAAGCAGUUGGGAUUCACAGAUUCAACAGAGACAACCAAAAGGUUCCAAGGUUUCCAAAGGAAGUAGAAAUACGAGCACUGAUUGAAGGGCAGUUCAUGGCCAAGAGGAUUCAUGCUGAAAAGCUGGGAUAUAAAGUCUUGCCUAGAACAAGGAUUUUGGCUACUGGUGGUGCAUCCCACAAUAAAAAGAUCUUACAGGUCCUGUCCGACGUGUUCAACGCGCCCGUGUUCACCAUCGACACGGCCAACUCUGCUUGUCUGGGAAGUGCUUACAGAGCAAUCCACGGACUUGUAGCUGAGAGGAAUGUGUCCUUGGCUGAUGUUGUGAAAUUAGCUCCAGAGCCCAGAUUGGCUGUUACACCUACCCCAGGGGCUGAGGAGCUCUAUCGUCCACUUCUGAAAAGAUAUGCUGAGCUUGAACAGAAGGUUAUCUACAACCCAGCCUCUUCUUGUCUUGUGAAAUAGAAGCAAAUAAAAUUUAUAUGUGUCUGAGCAGACUCCCAAGGAGAAGAUCAGAAGAGAUUUGCUCAGAAUUUACUGGAGCUCUUUAAAUCAUUUUGUUCCUCUUUGUAGAUAAAUAAUUUUAAAAUGUCUGUGUUUGAGUGUGUUGGUGGGCAAAAAAUUACAUUGUGAUUGAAAACCUGAUUAAAAAAGCAUCAUAUUGCUCUGUG